AUGAAUUACAUCAACGUAAUAAUUAAUUUAAUACAUUUAUUAAUAAUCAUUAGCAACGGAAAUUUGUCAGAUGGAUAUUGCUUUCAAGUGACAAAUGGAGUACCUAGUUACUCUGAAGGGCCAAAUUGCUUUCAAAUAAGUAAUGGAGGCUAUCGAGCAAAUAAAUUUAGUCAUCAUGGAGGAAAUAGCCAAUUCGGAACUUUGCCUAAAGGAGGGGAAGGAUUUUGGCAAAAAUUUCCAUUUUUUGGACAACAAUUUGUUUAUAGUGGAUAUAAUGAUGGAAAAGGUUGGGGAGGAUCUACACAAUGUAGUGCUUCUUGUAUUGGAACUAUGUGUUCACACAGUUGUAAUUAAA